AUGGAGGUGCUGGGCCGCUUGCUGGCCUUGGUCGCCUGUGUACUUCAGUUUUUGAUGCUGUUCGACUUGCGGGGCAAGUUCAGCGGCAAGACUGCAGACCACCUGAAGCAGAAGAGCAGGCAGGGCUGCGACCCGGUGCGCGACCUCUGCGACGCGCUGUCCAAAGUCCUGGCGGGGUAUACGGACGGCACGGGCGGGCAGAAGGGAAGGGGCAAAGGCGCUCCCACGAGGAGGCAGGAUGCCAAGGCGCAGCGCAUGGGCGACUUGAUUAGGGCGAUCGAGAAGACCCUCAGCAAUGCCAAGACGGGAAGCUGGAGCAUCGAGCAGCUGAUCAAGGACCUCAUGGGCACGAUCAGAAACUUCCAGGCUGCAGCCAGAGGCGGCCGGGACGGCGGGCGCAAGGAGGCAGACAAGACGAGCAACCAUCCGCGGUUGUCCAAGCUCGUCUGGAAGAAAGGGACGGUCUUCACGUACGCGGCCUACUGCCAGGUCAACGCGGUGCGGGACCUGGCGUUGGCGCAGCAGUGGACGGCUAAGGUGGGCAUCUUGGUACAGGUCGGGGGCAAGCCGGGCGAGAAGCCGCAGGACUGCCCCACUGCCGUGAUGAAGUGGCUCCGGGUCGAAGGACGGGGGCAAGGAGAGACCGUGGAAGGGUGCUGGAUCGCCCCGCUGGAUGACGCCCAGGGCCUGCCACUGAGCCUGGGCGGCGCGAAGAUGACCCGAGCACAGGGUGCAGUCGCCAAUAAGAACAACGCGACCGAAGAGCUCGUCACGCUCAGGGUGACGAUGGUCCAGCGGUUUGCGUCGGAGCCCGCGUGGAAGACCUCCAUGCUGUCUGCGUUCCACAGCUUAUGGAACACAGCAGGGGUGACCCGGACGUACGGGUUCAGGAUUCUGGAGAGCGCGGAUGACAAGGCCCGCACGUGCUUCGCGACAGUCCAGAAAUCCAAAGCCGCAGCCAUCCGAGCACAGAGUGGCAAAGCCGGCACUUUCGCAGAACAGCUCGUGUGCCAGCACGGGCGUGCAGUCGUCGAGUGGCAGAUGCAGGAGGACGGGGAGGGGCCGGUCGCCUACCUGGAGCGGGUCUUGCGACAGGGGCGCAGCAGCUCGGGCACAGACCCGGGCCUCGCCUUUCGGAGGGGCGGCAAAUCCCAGCUCGGCUGGCGUCAGCCCCCCGGCGCUGCAGCGGCGCCCCCUGACAAGCCCCUCCCGUGGGAGGUGCACGGAACGCCAGCGACGUGGUCUGAGGCUGACGUCGCCAGUUUCUUGGAGGACAACCGGUGGACCCAGGCCACAAUGCUCCGCCCGCGGUCGGGCCGCCGGGGCUGGGCAUUCAAGAUGGUUCCCCCUGCGGGGGCCCACCUGCAGAACACUUACGAGCUGCACGAUUCCACCGUGGUAAAGAUCCGCAGAGAAGUGCGCCGACAGGCUGGGAUGGAGGCGCGCCCCAUAUCGGCGAAACCAGGGUUCGUACGCUCAGACCAGGUGGAGGCCGGAAAGAAGCGCGAGGAGAAGGCGGCGAAGGCAGCAGCGGGAACUGAACCUGGCGCCGAGAAGGCCAAAGGAGGAGUGCCCGACAAGUCGCUCGGGUACAAGUCGUGGGACCUCGGCGGCUGCGGGGGCUGCUUCUACCGCGCGGUUGGGGCAGCCAAAGCGUUGCUCGAAGGCAAGACCCAGGAGGCGAUCGAGAAGAACGCCGAGGGCAUCGGGGCCAAGCUCCGCGCGGAGGCCACAGCGCUGAUCCGCGCGCACGGACUGUGGCAGGACUCGUGGGUCAAGGACGACAAUGCCACGCCUCAGAAGGAAGGCGGCCCGGUCCCGGACACUUGGGACAGCCGGGUCACCGCGAAUGCGCGGAAGGGCAUGCAGGCCAUGAAGGCGGCGCCUCUCCCAGUGUGCCUGAAGGACGAACACUAUUUCGCCCUCGUGCUGGACGUCGCGAAGGCAGAAUGGCCCAUGGAGUGGGGAGAAGAGCCUGAGGAAGAGGUCAGCAAGCAGCUGUGCCGAGGAGCAGGCGACGGCACAGACGACGGCGACCAAGGAUCGAACCUGGACGGGCGGUUCCAGAGCGACCGCCAGUCGGUCACCACCGCGGCCCGCGGCCGAGCAGUGCAGCAGCCGCAGGCGAACAACAGGAACACGCGCCAGCGGAACUACGAGGCGCAGUGGGCGAGGCACGGAGGCCGGCUGAGCAGGGCCGGGUGGGGCCGCCAGAGGGUUACCACCGAGCCGUGGGCCUGCCCCAUGAAGGACUGUGGGUACGUCUGCGCAGGCGUCGCCAAAAAGACCCUGGCCACGCGCCGCUCGCAGAAAAAGGAGCACAGGCUCAAGUGCCGCCCGGGCGCAGAUCCGCUCCUCUUCGACGCUCGCCAGGCCUCCGAUCCCGUCGCCGUCCCGAGGUCGGAGGAGGAGGUCCGGCAGCAGCUCGCACUACCCGCGGACGCCCCCGUCCCGGCGGAGCUCAUGAACAGACAGCGCCGUAAGUGCGGAAAGUGGUGGCCCAGCUUGAGCGCUGCAGCACAUGCGAAGGCCGUCGCCGCCCACAACAAGGCCGAGCACGCGGAAGACCGCCAGCAGGCCGGAGAGGCUCGCAAGAAGGCGCUCCAGGAGCAGAAGGAGGAAAACCGCGAGGCGGCAGCUGAGGGCAGGCAGCCACGGCAGCUCCACCUGGUGCGGCGGCACGCGCGGGACAAGGACGACGCGGCCAGGAAAGCAGAGAAGAACCAGUACCAGAGAGAGCGCUGGCAGUGGGAGAAGGGCGAGGCGCUGGCAGCCGGCCUGCCGUGGCCCCCCCCUGGUCACAGAGAACGGGCGGCCAAGAGCAGAGCCAAGUUGAAGGCCGAGUCCAGUGCGGCAGCCGACGCCAGGCCCGCGCAAGCCAGACGCAAAAGGCAGAAGGCCAGUUGA